GAAGCAGCACUGACAGCAGCAGAACUGACAGCAGCAGAACUGACAGCAGCAGCACUGACAGCAGCAGAACUGACAGCAGCAGAACUGACAGGAGCAGAACUGACAGCAGCAGAACUGACAGCAGCAGAACUGACAGCAGCAGCACUGACAGGAGCAGAACUGACAGGAGCAGAACUGACAGCAGCAGAACUGACAGCAGCAGCACUGACAGGAGCAGAACUGACAGGAGCAGAACUGACAGCAGCAGAACUGACAGCAGCAGAACUGACAGGGGCAGAACUGACAGCAGCAGAACUGACAGGGGCAGAACUGACAGGAGCAGAACUGACAGCAGCAGAACUGACAGGAGCAGAACUGACAGGAGCAGAACUGACAGGAGCAGAACUGACAGGAGCAGAACUGACAGCAGCAGAACUGACAGCAGCAGAACUGACAGGGGCAGAACUGACAGGAGCAGAACUGACAGGAGCAGAACUGACAGGAGCAGAACUGACAGAAGCAGAACUGACAGAAGCAAAACUGACUGAAGCAGAACUGACAGGAGUAGAACUGACAGGAGCAGAACUGACAGGAGCAGAACUGACAGGAGCAGAACUGACAGGAGCAGAACUGACAGGAGCAGAACUGACAGCGGCAGAACUGACAGGGGCAGAACUGACAGGAGCAGAACUGACAGGAGCAGAACUGACAGGAGCAGAACUGACAGGAGCAGAACUGACAGAAGCAGAACUGACAGGAGCAGAACUGACAGGAGCAGAACUGACAGGAGCAGAACUGACAGGAGCAGAACUGACAGGAGCAGAACUGACAGCAGCAGAACUGACAGGAGCAGAACUGACAGCAGCAGAACUGACAGGGGCAGAACUGACAGGGGCAGAACUGACAGAAGCAGAACUGACAGAAGCAAAACUGACUGAAGCAGAACUGACAGGAGUAGAACUGACAGGAGCAGAACUGACAGGAGUAGAACUGACAGGAGCAGAACUGACAGGAGCUGAACUGACAGAAGCAGAACUGACAGGGGCAGAACUGAGAGAAGCAGAACUGACAGGAGCAGAACUGACAGGGGCAGAACUGACAGGAGCAGAACUGACAGGAGCAGAACUGAGAGAAGCAGAACUGAGAGAAGCAGAACUGACAGGAGCAGAACUGACAGAAGCAGAACUGACAGAAGCAGAACUGACUGAAGCAGAACUGACAGGAGUAGAACUGACAGGAGCAGAACUGACAGGAGUAGAACUGACAGGAGCAGAACUGACAGGAGUAGAACUGACAGGAGGAGAACUGACAGAAGCAGAACUGACAGGAGUAGAACUGACAGGAGCAGAACUGACAGGAGUAGAACUGACAGGAGGAGAACUGACAGAAGCAGAACUGACAGGGGCAGAACCGACAGGAGCAGAACUGACAGAAGCAGAACUGACAGGAGCAGAACUGAGAGAAGCAGAACUGACAGGAGCAGAACUGAGAGAAGCAGAACUGACAGGAGCAGAACUGACAGAAGCAGAACUGACAGAAGCAGAACUGACAGGAGCAGAUGUUACGGCCCUACUGGGACGAACCCGGGUUCUUUAA